AUGGAGAUAUGUGCAGCUGAUGAGUGGAUCCACACGGCUAAGGACAGCAGGGACACAUCCAACAUCCAAACGUGGCUGCAGGAAGAUUCCUUGGUGAGUUGGGGACCAUGCUUGCCCGACAUGUUCAUCCCCUCAAUGGUUCUGGAGGAGAAGGGUUACAGCCUCACGGAUGGAAUAGUGGAACGUCGCAUUGUUGAAAAUUUGUUUGAUAAAAUCACUGAGAAAUUAAGAACAGAUCUGAGGAGCCUUAUAACUGAAGAUGGAGACUGGAGUGGAUUUGUGAAAGCAGCAGGGUUUUCAAGCGAGGAGGGAGCUGCACUGCGUGAUGCUCUGAAAGAGCAUUUAGAACAGGAGCCUACAGAUGAAAAUGACAGACCACAAAAGAAGCAGCAGAAUGCACAGUUUUUUAAAGUGUUUCCUGACUUGAAGAAGAAACUUGAGUCCAAUAUCAAGGAGCUCCAAAAACUGGCUAAAAAACUUGACCAGGUGCACAAGGACUGCACCAUCUCCAAUGUGGUGUCCACCUGUGCUAGUAUUGCCUCAGGAGUCCUGGCCCUCCUUGGUUUGGUUCUGUCACCCAUUACAGCAGGGGCUAGUUUGGUAGCAUCCUCUGCUGUUCUGGGAGGGACAGCAACUGUGAGUAGUUUAACUACCACCGUUGUGGAAGAAUCAAUGAGACUGUCAUAUGAAUAUGAAGCCAGUGGCCUGAUUGGAGCCAGCAUGGAUGUUCUUGAUGAGAUCGUAAAGAUCAUGCCUAAGAUCACAGACAAGCUUUGUAGUACACUUGAGGAUUUAGCAGAAACCUUUAAAACCCUCAAGGGUCAAAUCGAAAAAAUCAGGAGCGCCAGGUCCAUCUCUCGUCCGGGAGCACAGGCUAGGAACGUCACAUCUACUGGAAGAAGCUCUGGGCAGGUUGUCCGCCAGAUGGUCAGAGGAGGGUUUACAAUUUUUUCCCUUGGGUGGGAUGUGUAUAACCUUGUGAACCAAUCAAAAGAUCUGUAUGGUGGGGCAAAAACAGUGUCAGGUGGAGCCCUGCGGGACCUGGCUCACAUGCUGGAGGAGAAUCUUCAGAAGUUUGAGCAGAAGUACAAUGAUCUGAAGUCAGACCCGACUCAGUGA